AUUCCAAGAAUUCGUCCAGUGCCUUCAAUAACGUUCUAUGAAUUGACUCGCUGUGUCACUUUCGAAACCACAAAUAUCCAAGCUCGACUUGCCUUGUUAUACUACCAGAACAGCCAAGCCCGCGUUACAGCCAUGACUUCGUCGAAGCGAUCUCGUGACGAUUACCGAGAACGAGCAUAUGUAGCAGCUUCCCGCCGUACCGACCGAAACGUUAAGGCCCGCAUGGAGUCCGCUCUAAUGGCAAGCGAGAUUCAUAGGAAGCGCACCGGGAAACCCUUGCAUAUCACCGAGGAUAUCGUCAUGGGCGAUGCGCCAUAUGAGGAGGAGCAAGAGACUUGGCCGCGACCACAAACAUAUCCAGUUGUUCCCAAAUCGAACACGAACAUGGGUGUAGGAGUGGUAUCAAAGGAGUCACUCGCUUCUGCCGUCUUUGCCAAGACAGAAGAGGAGUGGCGGGAAAGCGAGAUUAACAGGUUAUUCGCAGAGGCAUUUCCGAAUUUUGGCAAGCAAUCUAAACUGCUCGUUCCUACAAUCGUUCCUACAAUACCGAAAGAAGACAAGCCACCCCGGGAACCUACGUCUCAGAACGCAGAGGGAGUAGACAAGCAGCACCAACAUGAGCACCUGCAGAAUGUCAUCCCACCAUAUCAACCCGAUGAGCAAACUGGCGACACACCAUCAAGGCCCAGAGAAGACUCGCUCCUCGGGGAAACUCCGUCGCUACUCGGUAGUGAUUCAGCAACCCUGACAUCUUGCUCGCCAUCAUUCAUACCGGAUCUCUCAAAUUUAGCUGCGAUGCCUUCCGAGUUCUUCGAUCCAAACAUGACCGAAGGUUUAUUCGCCAAUGACUACAGCGCUAUCGGAGAGGGAUUCAACUUCAAGACAGAUGAUUUUGCCCAUGACGGCGAUGUCAACGAAUGGUUGCAACACGUUUGCGACAGCGGCGACAUGCUGGAGAUGGCAGGUUGGGAUUCUCAGCCUUUUGACGGGACGAUGGAUGACUGGUGGCCGAUGCUCAUAGAUGACAGCGCUCAGCUAGUGACAUCUACCCUUUAGAGGGUUAGGCGAAGUCAUGGACAGCGCCGACAUGAUCGGUAAUGGCGUUUCUGGGGCGGACAUUGAAAAGCGAUAGGGUUCAGGCUUAGUAUACUUAAUCAUAAUCACAUUCUUUCCCA